AUGGACUUGAGUGACUUGGGCCUUGUGGUCGCUGAUGGCCAGACGAAUGCUGCGAGAGUGAUGUUUGUCAAGAGGCAGGAGGAAAAGUUGAAGGGCAAUCCAAUCCAUGUUGUUAGUCUUGAUCCUGGCGCGACACUGCCCUCCCGAAUUUUUGGACCAGGUUGCCGAAAGGGGAAAAAGCUGCAGGUAUGUGCUACCCACUUGUUAAUUUUUCUGUUCCUGUUUAAUCGAUUUCUCUAG